UCUGUGAAAGGGAGAGAGAGAGAGAUUCAUGAAUCUUUUACAGAACAAGAACAAGUUUCAGAAUAGUCUGGUCUGGCUCUUUUGUAUCCUUCUCGUUUAAGAUUCAUCGUACGUAUUCAAACCACCAUUUCUCUGGCAUUACUUAUUGGUAUCUCCGCCUAGUUAUUUUUUGUUGUGUGUGUAUAAAUCAUCAAAGAUUUGUUCAUCAAUUUCGGUCUCAUCGAGAAUGGCGACUUUCUUGAUCUCGGUGGUUUGAUUAUGAUCCACCCCAGCUGAUCAGACGGUUCAGAAACGCUGCAUUGAUCAUCUAUUGUUGUUUGCCAUCGAACAAAACCUAGUAAAUUAAAUAAGUUGGAGUUCUGUUCAUAAAAGAAUGGCGUUUAAUGCGGCUAUGGCGUCUCCACCCCCAGCGGCUGCUACCAACGACGUUUUCAAAGAGCAUUUUGGCCUUCGUAGAUCGUUGUCCGGUCAAGAUCUCGUCGUGAAAGCUGGUGGUAUACGUAGAUCGAGUUCCGACAAUCACUUGUGUUGUAACAACAGGAUACGUGCUGUGUCUGUACGUCCUGGUCAGGGAAUGAAAAGCAGCCGAUCUGUAGGAGUGUUCUCGUUUCAAAUAUCGAGCUCUAUAAUCCCUAGUCCAAUAAAAACAUUGCUAUUUGAAACUGAGGACGAUAAAGAUAGUGAUGAUGAGCCUGAGGUCGAGCCGAAUCUUGAUGGAGUCAAGAAAGCGAACUGGGUCCAGAGGUUGCUCGAGAUAAGGAGACAGUGGAAGAAAGAGACAAAAACAGAGAAUGUAAACGGUGAUGUUGUGUCGGAGCAUGAAAACGUUACGUGCGGUUGCGAAGAUAGGGAAGGUUGCGUCGCGGAUUACGAAAACGGCGAUUGGGAACGCGAAUCGUUUUCUAAGUUGCUUGUUAGGGUUUCUUGGUCUGACGCUAAACAGCUUUCUCAGUUAGCUUACUUGUGUAACGUGGCUUACACGAUACCUGAGAUCAAGGGUGAGGAUUUGAGAAGAAACUACGGGUUAAAGUUUGUUACAUCUUCACUAGAGAAGAAAGCCAAAGCAGCGUUACUUAGAGAGAAACUCGAGCAAGACUCGACACGGGUUCCUGUUGUUACAUCGCCUGAAUCAGAAUCAGAGAAGCCUCAGCAACGAUCAUCUUCAUCUUCAGCUUACAAUAUUGCUGCUUCAGCUGCUUCAUACAUUCACUCUUGCAAAGAGGUUGAUUCUUCAGACUUGAGCAACCCAUAUAAAUCAGCGGCUGCCGCUCAGGCGGCAGCGUCUACGAUGACCUCGGUGGUUGCUGCGGGUGAGGAUGAGAAGCUAGAAGCGGCAAGGGAGUUGCAGUCGCUACAAUCUUCUCCUUGUGAGUGGUUUGUGUGUGACGAUCUAAGCUCAUACACUAGGUGCUUUGUGAUUCAGGGUUCUGAUUCUUUAGCUUCUUGGAAAGCAAACCUCUUCUUUGAGCCAACUAAAUUUGAGGACACUGAUGUUUUAGUCCAUAGAGGAAUCUACGAGGCAGCAAAAGGAAUAUACGAACAGUUCUUACCUGAAAUAACCGAACAUUUGUCUCUACACGGAGAUAGAGCCAGGUUUCAGUUUACAGGUCAUUCUCUUGGAGGCAGUCUCUCGUUAAUUGUGAAUCUGAUGCUGCUCAGUAGAGGACUCGUUAGUUCUGAAGCAAUGAAACCUGUGGUCACGUUUGGUUCGCCGUUUGUGUUUUGUGGUGGUGAGAAGAUUCUAGAGGAGCUUGGUCUUGACGAGAGUCAUGUUCACUGUGUGAUGAUGCAUAGAGAUAUCGUCCCACGAGCCUUCUCCUGUAAUUACCCUGACCAUGUGGCUCUCGUCCUCAAACGUUUGAACGGGACGUUCCGUACACACCCUUGUCUCAACAAAAAUAAACUGCUGUAUUCACCAAUGGGGAAAGUAUUUAUCUUACAACCAAGUGAGAGCGUCUCACCAACGCACCCUUGGCUACCGCCGGGAAACGCUCUCUACGUUUUAGACAAGAACAACGAAGAUUACUCUCCUACGGCGUUGCGUGGGUUUCUAAACCGCCCACACCCACUUGAAACGCUGAGCCAACGCGCCGCUUAUGGCUCAGAAGGUUCGGUGUUGAGAGACCACGACUCUAAAAACUACGUCAAAGCCGUGAACGGAGUUAUCCGGCAGCACACGAAGCUCAUUGUUAGAAAAGUGAGGAGACAGAGGAGGAGUACUGUUUGGCCUGUGCUAACGUCAGCAGAACCGAACUCUUCAGUCAAUGACUGGAGUCUGACGGCGACUGAGGAGAUCAUGACACGUGCCUAGUAAUGGGACGACGGUCGAUGCCUCGUUAAGUUGUGCAUAGAAUAAAUUAUGUUUAUGUGUUUGUUUACAUUUCUUGGGAGGCAUGAGUAGAGUUAAUAAAAAUGUUGUAAAACCGUAAAUACCUCUUUCGUUAGCAAUAUAUAAAAUUGAGAGCUAAAUGUUAUCCGUAA